UCGCUCAGUGAGACUAUAAUACUGGUGGUGUACGGUUCACUCGCGAUACAUUCAUCAUUGGUUUUUUUUUUUAAGCAAAAAAAAAUCUAAAAUGUCGGAUUGUCUCUAAAAUUUGUUUCAGUUUCUUUGUACUUCAUUGGCAUCUGUGAAGUGUUAAGUUGUGAUGAAACAAUAGACCAAUCGGUGAAUGAUGCUCGAAGUCAUAGUCUGAUCCAGGUGAUAUGCAAUUUGAUUGAUAAUUUCAGCAUAAAGAAAUUUACAACUAAGUAAACAAAGUGUGUGCGUGCAGCAAAAGAGGUGAAAUUAUUACUUAUCUUUUACGAGAUUUUGUUUUGUGUUGAUUUUGCCAUAACUGCAAAGUGGUCAAAAGUGUUGUUCUACUUUGAAGUUUGUUAAUUUUUCGAAGAUAGAAAAUAUUAUGAUUUUUCCUUUCAUGUUUUCUUAUGUGUAAUCAAUGUGCGAUGUGCGUUUCCAUUUGCUAGGAUAAACAUUGCAGACACAUAUUACACGAAGGAUUACACUACAUAAAGGAAAUCAACCAUCGCACAACAACUGCAACAUUUCAGACAUCACCCCGCAAUAAGCCUUCCAUAACGCACAAUGGAAGUGCUUCAAAAUGCUAGAUUAGCAACUGUUCUUCUGCUAACUGUAGCUGCCGUACUCAUCCACACACCGUCCACAUCGGCUGAAGCAAUUCUAGACCUCAAAGAAACCAACUACAUACAGUGGAAUAACAAUGUCACCUACAUCAGUUCAACGUCAUACCAUGCCAAAGGAAUGGCACCAGUUUAUGUCAUUAGCAAUCAAAUUAUCAGCCUAUUUAUGGGACGAGAUGUGAUACCAGAUGGUUACAUCUCAAUUACCAGUUCCCCUACCAAAGUUGAUCUCGGACCAAAAGCGAAAGAAAAUGAUUGGAGCGAUCUUUUGCGUCAAUAUUGGCUUCUGUUGGUGGUUCUGUGCAUAUGUGCCCUUAUCAUCGUAUUAAUGCCAAUCAUUGGAUUCUGCUUUUGUUGUUGUCGGUGUGCCGGUGCUUGCGGCGGACGAUCUCAACCGUUCGAUAAAAAACACGACACAUGUCGUCGUGUGUUCUUAGGAUUGUUGUUAAUACUUGCUGGAACUGGUUUGAUAUUCGGUGUGGUCGUAGCAUUUGUAACCAAUUCCUACUUACAACAAGGUGUUGAAAAUGCAACCACAACGGCAAGACAUGGUGUUGAUGAUACGCAGAAAUUCAUGCGAACAACAUCGCAAGAAGUGAACCAUUUGUUGGUGACAAAUUAUGAACAGCUUUCCAGUCAUUUGAAAGAAAUGCUCAGUGAAACGACCGAUGUGGUCAUUGAUGAAUUGGAAAUCAGAUCAAAGGCUCACAGUCUGACGCAGGUGGCCAAUUUCGCAAAUAGUAUUCCCCAAAUUAAAAAAGACCUGAACCGGAUGAGAGACAUUACCAACAAUUUACGACUGAAUGCGUCGCAGCUUAGUGAUGGUCUUCGUGGAGUUAAGCGUGAAUUGCUUCAGUCUUUGACGAAAUGUGGUGCAACGUAUAAGCCAUGCAGGGAUGUGCUGGAUCAAUUCCAAAUUGGUAAACUGGACAUCAACGGCAUUGAUUAUAAUCAGAUACCAGACUUAACCUCCAUGAUUGACAAUGUCAACGAGGUACUCACAGAGGACACAGUGGCUUCGAUCAUAAAAGGCAAACAAGCAUUCGAUAACAUCCGAUCGGAAUUGAAUACGACGAUUUCAAACAACAUACCAACAGUCACGGAUGCAUUAAGUGAUGCUGGUGCUGGGGUCCGUCAGGCAUCGUCUGAAGUGAAUGUAGUUCUUGAACGAAUAUCCGAUGCGGUUGGUAACAAUUUGUACAUACAUUUUGACAAAGCCGAUGAAUACAUUCAAGAAUACUACAAAUACGUGUAUUAUGCCGGCAUUGCAUUGAGUUCCGUUUUGCUGCUAGUGUUACUGUGCGUAGUUCUGGGAUUAUUAUGUGGAAUAUGUGGCAAACGUCCCGAUGGAUACGGUGACGAUUGUUGUAAUAAAGGCGCUGGUUCCAGAUUUUUAAUGAUUGGUGUCGCCGUGAUAUUUUUGACGAUAUCGAUCUUAACAGCUGUUGCUUUAAUCUAUUUUUUGGCCGGUAUGUUAGUCCGACGUGGCUGUGUAUCGUUGCAAAAUCCAACUGAAGAUCAAGUAUUCAAGUACAUCGACCAGUUGGUUGAUUUGAAUGAGGUUCUUUAUCCGGAGGUGAGGCGUUCCAGCGCAAAGAAACGCAAUUCGGAUCCAUUCCGGAUUUCACAAAUUAUUGAAUCGUGCCAUGCUAAUCAAUCGAUGUUUGAGGUGUUGCGAAUCGGCAACUACUUGGACAUUAGAAAGAUUUCGAAUUUAUUGAAAGAGUAUGCCAUCGAUGAGAAGUUAGAAGAAUUGACUGCUAAAAUUCAAAUCGACACCACGAACGAUAUCUUACCAGAUGCAACAAAAGCUGGAAUCGUGAAGUUACGAGAUUCCGAACUGGGAAAUUUUGAUUCGGACAAGUUUAUCGAUAAUCUGAGUAAAGAUAUCAUCCAAUACAAUCUGUCCGAAAUUGCGCAAAAAUUACGUGAAACCGCUGAAAAGAUUCCAGAAGGGUUAGCCGAUGUACGAACGAGCCUCAGAAAUCAGGCCCUACAUUUGGUUACAUAUCAGGAAAAUUUGGUGGAUCCCAUGACCGAACAAACGGCUGAAAUUCUCGAUUUGACCACGAAAUUGGACGAAAGUUUCAAAUUUAACCGAAGUUCGUUUGUGGAUGGCAUCAAUAGUAUUCUGACGGAAAUAGAAGAUGCCAAAACAUUUAUUGAUGGUGAAGGUACCGAAUAUGUGCAAAAAGUCGCUGCUGAACUGUUACAAGGUUUCAUUCGAGAAAUCAAUACGUACAUCGGAAUUGUUUUGAAAGGAAUGGAAGAGGAUCUGGGUCGAUGUGGUCCGCUGUCCAAUGUGUACAAAUCGGUUCUAGUUGCCGGAUGUAAUCGAGUCGUUGAUCCAUUCAAUGGAUUUUGGCUCGGCAUCGCAUGGUGCACACUCCUUUUCUUGCCAACUAUAAUCAUUGCCGUGAAAUUGUCGACAUUAUACCAAAAAUCAGAUCCGUAUCCUGGUCCGCUGGUUGAAUCAGAAUACUUGUAUGAUGCGUACAGUGAACGUGAUAACAUACCACUCGCCAAUGGCAUGAAAAAUAAGCGACGAAAAAAAGAUCAAAGACGACGAAGUUCUCGUGAUAGACGUGGUGAUUAUUAUGAAGAUUCGGGCUCUCCACAUGGUCCCAGAGAAGGGCCUCGCGAAGCCCGAUACAAUGAUAUGGCACCAAACGACAAUUCUAAUGCACGAUCCACAUUUGACUAUUCACAAUUUGAUAAUGAUCCAAGUCCAAGUAAUUCUGGCAUUAUCUAUCCGACAUUGCCGCGUAUCCCAUCAGCAACUACUCUACGAAAUGGCACUGUCAACCAUCAGCCGCAAACGAAAAAAAUCGAUUUAAGCACAGACAGUCCUCCUAACAUACCACGAGUUCCAUCCCUAUCACAAUUACGUCAAACGGAUGACAAGUCGAGACAUUGGGACGGCGGUCCACCUAGAUACCAAAAUGCUCCGAUGGCGCCGCCAGCAUCCGAAUACGAACGACCGCCACCAUAUUACUUCCCCGGCGCUCCAUCUGAACCAGAGUAAAAUGGAAAAUGCAAUUUUUAGUUUUUCAUUCAUAUAUUUCCUUCGUAAAUUUAGAACUAUAAAAUUAUUCCAUUCAAUCCGAACGAUUGAACAGUGGCAUUUAUUAAGAUUAAUUUAAUCGAAGAAAGAUGAACGGAUUCAAGUGAAACAUUUUCAGUUUUAAUUAGAAAUAAAAUAUUUGAGGAAAUGAAACCAAUUUUUGAUCGCCCAUUAUUCGUCCAUCAGUGACAAUUGAAAAGAUUUUUUUUUUUGUGUUAAACGUUUUAUUAUAUUCACACAAAAAAACAAAAAUAUUUUUGAAAAUAAGGCUGAAUUUAGUAAAAAAAAAGGUUGAAAAAAAAACUAAAAAAAAUAUUUUUUACAAUUACAACUAAUUUGAAGGGAAAACAAUAAAUUUGUUCCAGAAAAAAAAAACAUUUCUUCAUGUGCAUUCUUGUGAGUUAAAAGAACGUAUUUAAAUGAAAGGACUCUGACGGAAAAGCGGUAAUUAGCGUAAUUUUUGUAAGGCAAUAAUGUGUAAAUCGUAAAAUGAAACGCUACGAAAAAUUAAAAUUUUAUUCAAUCUAAAUGUGAUUCUUAUUUACCACGGCAAAAUUUACGCAAAACACGAUGUGUGAGAUAGUGGUAACGAAUUAUAGUUAAGUAUCGUAGCAAAAAAAUAAUUCUGCCCAAGUGCAGCUUAAGUUGAGCUGGAACAACUGUGCUUAUCAACUUCCACUAAGACUCGAAACAGUUGAAUUACAGAUGUUGGAAAAUAAAUUCAAUCGUCUCGUGAAAAAGGACAAUAUUUGAUGUAAGUUACUACAACUCAAAACGAAGUUGAGUUGUUGAUAUAUGCCAGCUUUAUCACCCCGAUGCUCUUUAGUAGAAGGAGUCCUUACGGUAGCAGAUUCUUGCGCAAAGCGGAAUGCCAUGGUGCCGACUCUACCAGCCAAUAUCUAUAGAUCCACUAUCACUCUCUUUCACAAGACGAUUGAGUUUAUUUUUAAGGAGCUCAAAAUUAACCGGUUUUCGGGAGUCAAUUUUAUCAUCAGUGGUUGAUUUACAGACUACCAUCACACACAAUUUUUUUUUAAAUUGAUUAAAUCGACAGUUCACAUGUCUCCCAAUUUUUUCAAUUUCCGAGCAGUCCUACUUUAGCUUGAUAAUUUAAACGUUUUUCUUCGAUCAGUACGGAAGUAUAGCAUUCACUAGUUCGUAAUGAGCGAAAUAUAUAUUAAAACUGUAACUGAAGUACCAUUGAAAUGCUGAGCUUUACUGAAGCCCAGACACAUAUAGCUUCACUUAUCAUCUCUAUUACCAAUCUCACCUUCUGUGUUUUGUACGAAUUUUGUCCACUUUUUUAAAUUUAAAUUGAAAAAUGUUUUCAAAUAAUAAAAAUACAAAUUUAAAUUCGUAAUCGAAACAAAAGAUAAAAAAUUUUAAAAAGAAAUUUAUUUUUGGUUAUUUAGUGCAAAUUCUGUUUCUUUAUUUUAUAUAUUCCAUAAGUGUGCCAACCAAUUCAGAGUGCAUUGUACUAGGGAGUCAUUUUAACGUGUUGUUCUGAACAAGACAUGGUUUCAACGUUAGGUUGACCCUUAUAGUCAGUUGAGCAUGAAAUUUUUGGCUAACUUAUAGGUAUUAAUUGAUUUUUCUUAUUAUUUUAUAACGAAAUUGUGUUACAAAAUGUAAAUGAGAUUAUGAUAGUUAAUCUCUCAGAAACGGCUAAUCAUGGGCUGUUAUCGGUACCAACGAUAAAAAAAAUAAGCGAUGACCUUCUGGUCUUGUUUAGCAAAAUAAAUAUUCCAGCGAAUGAUUUUAUAUCAAACUUUUAGCGAUACUUUAAUCGAAAGAAUCGCGAAACGAUUGCCGUUUCUCGAAAGAUUAAUCAAAGUAUGAGAUUCAUUUAAGGAUAAAACAAUAAAAUAAAUAAAAAUUAAAACAAAAUCCAACAAAGGUAUGUCUUCAAUUUAGUCUUUAUUUGGAUUGAACAAAAGAAAUAAAAUAAACGAGAAACAUAUAAAUGUGUAAUUUUCAAUGUAAAAUAAAAACAAACAAAAAUGUCUCUAAGAUAAGACAUAUUUUGAGUAUAAUAUACCA